UUGCAAGAGAUCAUAAAAUGGGCACUUGAUCCAGGAUUCAUCCAAGUUAUGCCCUGCAUGUGUUUCGGAAUGUUGUAUAUCUGCUGCUUCACCUUCUGUCAAGGAAAGGUUAGGUCGAGCGGAUACAGGGUUGGGGAUGCGAUGAGAGCAGGUGAGGGGAACAGCAGGAUUCAUGAUCCAAGAAUUGAAAUCCAUUACACGAUAACUCGCAAUGAGCUCACCCGAGCCUGUCGACCAGGUGAAAGCACUGAGGCCAUCGAAAGCGCCGAUAUAACAUGCUCCUGGAGAAAACCCAAGCGUCCGACGGUGAGGAAUAGCGAGCACAAGGUCACCUGGGAUGCAGAGGAUGAAGUAGAAGACUCAGAGGCUAAGAUAGGAGGGUUGGAAGUUGGAGUGAAACCGUUGGAAGAAGGGGGUGCGAGGUGCUGCAUGUGCGGGUCACCCAAAAUGGAUACGAGAGUCAGGCUGUCAUACCAAGAACUAUCAGCGUUCCGUGGAACCCGUAUG